CCAUGGAGAGCUGCCCGUCGCUCGCUGUUUCCUCGCCGGAUUAGUGAAUCCCCUCCCCGCGUGAGUGCAGCAGAGAAUCCCGCAUCAGCAGCCCGAAGCGACAAAUAAGCGGAUUUGCCUUCAUUUUCAAAAAUCACAUCCUCGUACGCGCGUUUUCUCGACGAGAAAGAAAGGCGUCGCGUUGUGUGUUUUCCUUCUUCUUUAAUACAAUAUCCUGCAUACAGUCGCCAUAUCGCCUGUGUAUUAAGUUAAUGAUCUACGUUAGGGAAGGAUGCAUUGAAAGUCAGUUUAUCCAGAUAAAUACGGUGCUGGUCGGGAUGCGGGAUAUGAUUCUUCUACAGAGUCCAGCGGCAUCUUCAGCGCACGGACUGUAAGAUGUCUUUCUGGUCGGAAGGUUAGUCUGUGGACACUAUGUCGUUAUGGAUCGUGUUUAACGAGUGGAAAUUAAACUUUCCGGAGAAAUCCAAGGAUAAACUUGACUACGAGAUCGAAGGAUGAUCGUGAUUCGACGUCCGACAUCAAAGGUAUGUCAUUGCCCUUCUGCGGUAGACAAGAAGUUCGUGAGACUUGAUUGACAGGCCUCACCACAUCAGGAACCUAUGGCAGAGCAGCAGCACAAUACAGGUCCCUUUGUAUGAAUCUACCAUGGACCACAUCCUCUGUCAGCUGCUGGUCCUGGGUAUGUCUUUAAUGAUGGCCCAUGCGUGCCCCAAGUAUUGUGUGUGCCAGAACUUGUCUGAGUCGCUGGGGACCCUGUGUCCAGCUAAAGGCCUGCUCUUCGUGCCACCAGAUAUAGAUCGCAGCACAGUGGAGCUCAGACUAGGGGGAAACUACAUCCUUCGAAUUACACAGCAGGACUUUGCCAACAUGACGGAUCUGGUGGACCUUACGCUCUCGCGCAACACCAUAAGCUACAUCCAGCCCUUCUCAUUCAGUGACCUGGAGACCCUCCGUUCUAUCCAUAUGGACAACAACCGUUUAAUGGAGUUAGGCCCAGAUGACCUGCGAGGGCUGGUCAGCCUGCAGCACCUCAUCCUCAAUAACAACCAACUAGGUCGCAUCUCCGAGAGGGCCUUUGAAGACCUUGCAGCAUCACUUGAAGAUCUGGACUUGUCCUACAACAACCUUCAAGCGCUGCCUUGGCAUUCAGUACGACAGAUGGUUAACCUGCACCAACUAAGCCUGGACCACAAUUUGUUGGACUACAUUCCUGAGGGGACCUUUGUGGAUUUGGAGAGGCUGGCCCGCUUGGACCUAACCUCUAACCGUCUCCAGAAACUUCCACCGGAUCCAAUCUUUGCCAGAGCACAAGAUUCCGAGGUGAUGACCACGCCGUUUGCCCCUCAGCUUUCGCUAAGCAUUGGAGGGAACCCACUGCACUGCAACUGUGAAUUGCUUUGGUUUCGCCGCCUGGAGCGAGACGAUGACCUGGAAACAUGUGCCUCCCCACCUGGCCUGAAAGGGCGCUACUUCUGGAGUAUUCGGGAGGACGAGUUUUUGUGUGAGCAGCCGUUGAUUACUCAACACACCCACAGGAUGCUGGUUCUGGAGGGGCAGACUGCCAGUCUACGGUGCGAAGCCAUCGGAGAUCCUAUUCCAACCAUACAUUGGGUCGCCCCUGACGAUCGAUUACUGGGCAACUCUUCCCGCAUUGUAGUGUACCGCAAUGGUACACUGGAGAUCCUGAUCACCACAUCGAAGGACUAUGGCACCUUUACUUGCAUUGCAGCCAACCUGGCUGGUGAAUCGACUGCUUCUGUGGAAUUGUCAGUUAUUCAACUACCCCACAUUAGCAAUGGUACAGGCCAGGCAACACAACCCAAGUCCCGCCUGUCAGACAUUACGGGCACUACCAGGACCAGUAAAGCCACUCCCAAGAGCCAGCCAGAGAAAGCGGUGUCCGUUUCAGAGGUGACCGCUGUGUCUGCCCUGGUCAGGUGGUCUGUCAGCAAGACAGCUCCCAAAGUGAAAAUGUAUCAGCUGCAGUACAACUGCUCAGAUGAUGAGGUCCUCAUUUACAGAAUGAUUCCUGCCUCCAGUAAGGCCUUCCAUGUCACCAACCUGGUGUCUGGGACCCGCUAUGACCUGUGUGUGCUGGCAGCCUGGGACGAUACAGCCACCACACUUACUGCCACUAACGUGGUGGGCUGUGUGGACUUCUACACCCGGGACGACUACCCCCAAUGCCAGUAUGUCCAUGGGCAGAUGUUGGGAGGGACCAUGAUCCUGGUGGUGGGUGGUGUAAUCGUGGCCACCCUUCUUGUGUUUAUCGUGAUCCUCAUGGUGCGCUACAAGGCAGGGGACAGCGGAGGGGGUGGCGAGCCCCCCAUCAGCAAGUUGAGCGAUGCCAGCGAAGCAUACUCGCAAACCAACGGAGGGAGGCUGGGCCGGAACGGGGUGCCUCUACCCAUGCCCAUGCCCAAGGUGACAAUGAGGGAUGAAGUUGUUGAUUUUAAGUGUGGUUCUCUUCAGAGCAGCUUGUCCUCUUCCUCGUCCUCCUCCUCAUCCUCAGGUUCAGAAGAUGCCACUUCGUAUAGCCCCAACAGUGCCCUCGCCAACAUCUGGAUGUCUGCGCCUCCCAAGCCCCGCGCCAACAUAGACCAGCUUCUUGGGGCCUUUAAUUCUCUGGAGCUUCGGGGCCAGGCCAAGGAGCCAGGUGCUUCCGGAAGCUCAGUUGCAGGGGCUGCUUCUGCUCCGGCACCCCCUACUGACAAGGAGCCUCUGUUGGGUCGGACGCUGGACUCGAGGCUUAGCAGGUUGCUCAUGUUGCCACUGGACUCCAAACCCAAGAGGAGCCACUCAUUCGACAUGGGCGACUUCACCGUGUCCACAGCGCAGCAGCUGUGCUCUUAUCCUCGCAGGAUCAGCAGCAUCUGGACUAAACGCAGUCUGUCUGUGAACGGCAUGCUGCUGCAGUGCGAUGAGGAAGGGGACACCGGUGGGAGCAAAGGCACCAUAGACAGCUCUGAAUGGGUUAUGGAGAGUACUGUAUAGGGACCGAAACCAUCCUAGAUUCCAUAGAUUCCAUCCUGCAUGACUCCUUAUGAGGUCCCUGGACUCUCAUGUUAUUUACAGAAAAGGUUCACCCCAAAAUGAAAAUUCUCUCAUCAUUUACUCACCCUUUUGUCUUUCAAAACCUGUUUGCUGUUAUUUUUCUGUGGAAUACGUAGGUAGAAGUUUUUUAAGAAUCUUUACACCGCUCUUACCAUACGAUCACAGUUCAUUGCGACCUGACAAACUCCAAAAAGAACAAAAUUCCUAAAAUUUCUUGCCAUUCAAUUCCCCAGUACAAGUUGUGGUAUGUAUAAUAUUUAAUUACAAUUUUAAUAGGCUUGGUAAGAAGAACAAAGACUAUUUAUAAUGUUACAAACUGCUGUGGGCCUCAAAGUCAAUAGUUAAAUAAUUAAAAUAAUUUUCAAUUGUUGCACUAGUGUCAUUUCCUCAUGUCCCCAGAACUGUGCAUCAAUAAUCUUUUACAACAAUAAGUGCUAAAUCAUCAGAUUUCUUUUUUAAAUUUUUUUUUUAUAAAAUGUACUGUUUAGUAUUACAUUCUCACAAUAGCAUGAAUACAUUUGUGGUAAAUGUGUGAUUUUGAACACUGAUAGCAGAGGUUUGAUUUUUUUGUCCACCCUAUUCUGUCUAUUGUGACAUUUAAUUGAAGGUCUCUGUAAUGAAAUGACAUCACACACAUCAGCCAUUCAGCAAAAUAAUGUUGGAGUUAUUUUAAGUGUGGAUCUUGUCUGUUCUUUUAUUGUUUCCCUUUAUUUUGUGAUUAUAAAAGUUCUAUGUGUUCAAGCAUAACAUGUCCACUCUUUGAUGUGAAGAUAUAAGGAAAAUUUAUGUCAUUUUAAAAUUUCAAUACCUUUAUUUUAACAGAAAUAAAUUAAUCAAUAUACUUAAGUUUACAAAUAUGUUAGCUAGAUGUCAUUCACAGGCCAUGUACUGGCUCAUUUAUCCACUGAAUGUCCACCCUGUUAUUGUCCACUCUCACACCCAUUUAACCAGAUGGACAUCUGAACUUUUGAAGUUGUUUAGCUUGACUGGUAUGAUUUAUAAAAUAUUUAACAUGUCCCUUUAAUGAUGACACAUAAAGAUACUUAUAAAAGUAUGUAUAAUGUCUCAAAAGUUUAAAAGCUAAAUUGUAGGAAUGACUAAACAAGCUUCAAAUUUGACUUGUGAGAAACAGAAAAGGCUCUAAGUAGAAAUGUAAGUUAUUUACUGAAGUUAUUUACGGCCAUCAAUGACACUGACGUGCCAUUUUGAAUCUGGAUGUGAACAUGAGCUGGACAUGAGCUUUGUCGAAUAAUAUCAGUGAAUAAAAACUGUCUGUUCCUAUCACAAAGGCUUCAGAAGACUUUGAAUAAAGCACACGAGUUAUAUGGACUACUGUAUUUUUAUUAUACUUUUAGUGCUUUUUUUGGUGUUUUUUCGAUCCCGGCACAGAUGCGGUCACUAUGAACUGUUGAUGUAUGGAAAGAGCUGAGUAAAGAUUCUUUAAAAAUGUAUAUAGUAUGGGUUUUGGAACAAUAUGAUGGUGGGUAAGUAAUGAUUGUUUUCAUUUUGGGUGAACUAUUCCUUUACAAUUGUUUGUUUUUCAUCUUGCCAUAUCCAGAACAGGUACCAAUCAGUCGUCAGUUCUGGCUAAUUGUUGUGAGAUGUGUGUUUGUGUGUGUGUGUGUCUUAUUUGUGUGUCUGAAACAAAAUUGGACAAGUUUUAAUGAAAGAAGCUUUUUGGGAUAAACUAUUGGAGCUGCUGCAGUUGUUCAAGGCUGUUCUGAGGAAUGAAGAACAUAAACAGUGGAAAUUAUGGCACAUUGCCAUGCCAACGGUUUCCCCAAAGAACAACAUGAAAAAACUCAGACUCUGUAAAUAUCUCUUGUGCAACACUGUUUAUAUGUGCACUGUUUUAUAUUUUUUAUCUUGUUGGUCAAGCACUCUUAAUUAUUAUAAUUAUAUAAGCACUUCUCCUUGAUGAAAGACAGAAUUCGCAGAACUUUCAAUCCUUUUUUCUCAUUUACUUCACUGCUGCUCUCAUUCACUCGUUUUCUCACAUCUCCUUGAGAAAUCAUGGUACAAGUAGCAUUUUUAAGGAAAAAGUGAAAUUUCAAAUUCAAUGAAUCUUCAAAUUCAAUAAGUUGUUUGUUUACAUGUGAUUUUUAAUAUAUAUAUAUAUAUAUAUAUUUCUGUAUAUACAAAUGUGAUGAAAAGAUAUGAUACAUUAGAAAUGAAAAAAAUGGCUGUGUGAAAAAUAAUGUUGAAAUUAGUCUAUUGUAUUAUUUGAGUCAAUGCAAAUCAAACUAUUGUGUAAGAGAGUCUAGUCCAUUCAUUCACAGAUAACAUGAACAAGUCUUUUUGAUUUGGAAUCGAAACGUCACCUUGGAUUAAUUUAGGGGUUGGGUUAUUUGUUGCAUUUACAGCAGAGAUCUGCAUCACAUAAGUCACAUACACUGCAACUAAAUACGGUUGACACUUUUCAUGAAUAGAGAAAUAAAUUGGGCUUUUUCUAACCAAGAAGGUGCAACAAAAAUGUGCUUAAACUUCAGACAACAUUGAUAGUAAUAUACAGUAACUGAAUAUUAUGAGAUGUGUUUAUUUUCUAUUCUUUAUAUACCGUAUGAGGUUUGCAAUUUUUGCAACCUUGAUACCAAAAUUUGGGAUGAGUAAAUACAGUUUAAAACCCUGAUUGGUGUGAUUUUGUUAUUUUCUAGCAAUAAAAAUUACAUACACCUCACAUUUUUUUAGGUUAGUUUAUCAGGUUUAUUUAGGCUAAUUUUAUAUCAGAAAAUAACAUAUCUUAAAGAUCUCACAACAAAACAAAAUUUUCGUGCCUCUAAAAGCUUAAUCUUUGUUCACACAGAUUUCAGUUAUUUAUGGAAGUGACAACUGAACUGAAUUUACUCCUGAAAAAGUGUGGGUCAUGACAACUGAAUGUUCAUGACAUCUGUGUAGUGUGGACACAACCAAUAUAAACAACUAUUGCAGUGAGCUGCUCUCACUCUGGACACUGACACUUCAUCUGACACAGGUUUGUGUUUUGAUCCAACUGCAUAAUUUGAUGUCCGUCUCUUUAGUCCAAUGUAAAAUUUCAUUUUCAACAGAAAUGUAUUGCUAUAAAAAAAUCAUUUUGCAUUACAUAUUUAAAAAAUGGCAAAAUGCUUAAAAACAACCAUUGUUGAAUGUUACAAAACAAAAGAUGAGUCACAUUAUAGGCCAGAGAACACAAACGUAACAAGCUGUUGAUGUAACAUGUUAUUUAAAUAUAUGUUAC